AUGGCCGCCCCACUCAGUCGCCAUCCAUAUCGUUCUCCUAUUCGCGCAUUCACUCCUCAGCUACCCAUCUCCAAAAGGAACAUUGGCCUGCUCACAGCAUUUUGGGUCCGCGAGGCCUUGUUCAUUGAGACUUGUAAGCCCUGCAUGUGUUUAUAUGGAGAAUUUACCGUGACUUUGAGACUUUCUGUAAACCGGAACUCCAAAAAAAGAGCGACCACUAUCUCUACCAGUACGAUCAGCAAAAUUAUAUGCAUGAGGUGUCUUAUAUCUCAAAAAUUUCGAGAUAUAACUAUGGUUUAG